AGAGACGGCACCGAUUUGCUGUCCGCAUUGACUGAGCCACUGCUUCGUCUGGCCCUUGAUUUUGUUCUGUCAAUUUCUCUUACCCUAACCCAUACAUCUUCAAUGGCGGUGAAACCUACAAAGGCUGAGAAGAAGAUCGCUUACGAUUCGAAGCUAUGCCAGCUUCUGGAUAUGUAUUCACAGAUCCUGGUCGUGAACGCCGACAACGUCGGAUCCAACCAGCUACAGAGCAUUCGACAUGGAUUACGUGGCGACUCGGUGGUUCUCAUGGGUAAAAACACGAUGAUGAAGCGCUCUUUUCGGAUUCACUCUGAAAAAACAGGAAACAACGCAUUUCUCAACCUGAUUCCCCUUCUUGUCGGCAACGUGGGAUUGAUUUUCACAAAAGGUGACAUGAGGGAGGUUAGCGAACAGAUUGCCAAGCACAAGGUUGUUCAUCCUAUUCUCAUGUGCACCAAGUUCUUGUCGUAUGACACAUACCACAAUUGUUCCUUUUUGCAAUCAGGACAAUUACCUUUGGGCCUCACGUGUUGUAAGCAGCAGUCUUCUCAGGCUUCUGAGCCUUUUCUUGUAUCCUCAAAAUUCUUGCCGCACAAACAUUGUUACUUGAUGAGAUCAAGACAGUUCUUGUUGACUAGUUUAUGGGCUCCUUUUCUCCUUUUGGCUGGUAAUUUGUGAUGUGGAAGAAGUAUUCUAAUUUGGAUCACAUGGUUUAUAAUUUUAUAUGAAGGAUGACUGUCACGAUAUUGAUUCUUGAGCACUAUAUGCUCUCGAACUCUUUAGAGUGGAAUUCUCCUUUUUCAUGGAAUGAUGAAGAAUGAAAAUGAUUUUGAUCAGGGUUUCAAUUUGGGAGUUGGUAUUCCUGAUCUAAGGAUUCUUAAUUUACUCAGGAAUUUAUCCUCCCUUUAAAUAAGGAGAUUAGAACAUAUUUAUUAUCUGAAUGAGCUAUUAGUUUAUCUCAUAAAUAUGUUUUUUUGGUGAGGUCUAUAAGUAUUACAUUCUCAAUGUCAGAACCAUUUACUUGAUAACUACUGGCUCAAAAAUUGUAUUAUUUUAUUAUGUUGUUGAUUCUAUUUUAACUUUGAAGUUAGAGAAGAUGAGUUAUUAUUUACCAAAAAAA